AUGAGGCCUCCGGAACGCGGGGAGAAACCGAGCCCGGCAGCUUCAACGCUCAAGAGGUUGGGAACCGGAGUCAAAGAGCGGCGGGCAGCAACAAAGGGCACUCAAAAGGCAGCUCGGAACACCCGUGCCUUUCGGGCCCCCUUCGCCCUACGAUUUCCAGAGAAGGGACGAGUUCGCAAGGAACAGAAGUUUGAGCGCACAACAGCAGCGCCGAAAGAGAAAAGCUACAGUUACACUAACACACCCUGUAUGAAAACAAGAGAUUGUUUCAGCCCUUUUGCGGACACCGGCGCCGCCUUCCUCCCCUUGGCCGCUUUGGGCUUCCCUGCCUUGGGCUUGGCUGCUUUGGCCUUCACCGCCUUCGCCCUGGCCGGGCUCUUCGCGGCUGCCGCUGCCUUUUUGGGCUUGGCCGCCUUAGUAGCCUUUUUGGGGCUCUUGGUGGCUUUCUUGGCCACGGCAGGACCCCUCGUAAAAGGAAGGUGUGCGGGCCGGAGGGGAAGGUGCGGGGAAACGGCGCUCCCGGGACAGCGGGGCCGCGGGACGGCGAGGCGAGCGGAAGCAGAAAGGGAGGCGGGGACUGGCGCGGAAAAGGCGGCCCGAGCCCCGGGGAGCUGCCCGGGAGCAGCGACGGGCCAAGGCCCCGCCCCCCGCUCCGCACCCGCCCCUGCUCCCAAUCAGGUCGGACCCCAACACAUAAAAGGCACCGCCGCCAAGCGGCACCGCAAGGGGCUGCGCGACAACAUCCAGGGCAUCACCAAGCCGGCCAUCCGCCGCCUGGCUCGGCGUGGCGGCGUCAAGCGCAUCUCGGGGCUCAUCUACGAGGAGACGCGCGGCGUGCUGAAGGUGUUCCUGGAGAACGUGAUCCGUGACGCCGUCACCUACACCGAGCACGCCAAGAGGAAGACUGUCACGGCCAUGGACGUGGUCUAUGCCCUGAAGCGCCAGGGACGCACCCUCUACGGCUUCGGCGGUUAA